CAUUUGUUGCAUUGGAACCAGCAGCUACUUCGUCCAGUUUACUAUUGCCAUAGCUCUUCCAAAAAAGCAUUUUGAUUCCAAUAUAUGAUUUUAAGUAAAUAAAAAAGACAAACAGGAAUAUCUAAUUGAUAACUUAAGGAUUACAUGGCAGCACAUUUCACAACUUUCCGCCCGAAGGAAAUGCUUUAGAGAUAAUUAAAAGGUUUUAAUGAAUCACUUGUGAUAUUAAUAGCAUGAGAUUCCAACAUCCGUUGUCGAAAAAUGGAAGAAGAACAAUCAAGGUUACUAACUAGAUAAUUCAGGUAAUACAUGGCAUCGCGCAGUACAUCGCUCCCGGCGCAUCAGGGAGGAUCUGCGACGCACUUGUGUCGUCUGCAGCUUCGGUCGUCGACCCUCUGGCACCUUUGUACUCAAAUCAGCUCCUGUAGUCGUAUUUUCUCCUUUAUGGAUUAGAAAAUUUAUCUGAACUGUAUUUUGGGUAGUGAUGUUUAUAAAAUAAGUAACACUGUUCCUACGGAUAUUAUUUUGUUGAGAUUUUUGUUUUUAAUCUGUGAGUGCCUGACAGAAACAAUCGCUACUCCGUGAACAGCUGAUUAUGGCAGUCUUCUUCCUGAACCACUGCAAGUUUAAUGGCUGUGGAUUAUCAUUUCCCAACCUGCUAGAGUUAAUCCAACACAUCGAGGAGAUACAUAUAGAGACUCUUACAGAUCCAGCAGCAGAGGCAGUACAGGAAACGCAACAGCCUUCAUGCCUUCCUCUCUCCUCUGUCCUGCGUUUCUUCAGUCCAGGGGUUCCCAGAGCAACGCCAAGGAAGCACCCUCUUAGUAAUAAAUCCUCUGGUGGCCCCCAGGCAAAAGUGGCCAAGCUCAGCCAUACUAAAACAGCAAGUAAACACACAAAUGGGAAGUCACCGCCCUCAGGCUUGGGCACCAAUGCCGCAAACAGUAUGCAUCUGUCUUCACUCCUCUUAUCAACCAGCAAGGUCAAGACGGGAGGGAUUGCCUAGGGCGGCUCAAGCGGAGGAGGCUCAAGCGUGGGAGGUUCCAGUGUGGGCACUCCAUCCUCCACGCGAGAGAGCACCCCCGUCAGCGCGCUCAGUAACAGCCCUCCAGUAAGUGAUUGUGAGGAGACGCUGCUGAGUGAGAAUGAGGAUAGCAAUGACUCAUGGACUACACAAGAUGAGAUACCUGCAGAAGUAAUCAUCAAACUUGCCAGCAAAGGUCAUUCCAAUAGCAAUGGGGAGGAUAAGCCUUACAUCUGUCCAGUAGUUGGUUGCAGGAAGAGAUACAAGAAUGUGAAUGGCAUAAAAUACCAUGCCAAAAAUGCCCAUAAAAAAGAUAGCAAAGUUAGAAAACCAUAUAGAUGUUACUGUGGGAAGAGUUAUUGUACAAAUCAGGGACUUAAAACCCAUUGCUCUCAUUCUCAUAAGAAUGAGAGUAUGACAGCGGUGACAACAAAUACAGGGGAGGUGUUGCAGGUACCAGCCAACCAAAUCUCAUCUGGAGGAAGUCCUACUGCUCAACUUUUAAAUAAUAACAAUAGAACUUUGUCAAACACUAUAGCAUCUCAACUAAGUAAGUCAUCUAGUACAGAAAGCAGUAUUCAGGUGAGUGGAACGAUGCCUGUGACCAAUAUUAAUAACCAAAUUGCUGUCACUGGACAGAUCAUUAAAGGAGGAUCAUCAACAUCCACGAAAGGUACAACUACAAUUUCAAGUAUAAACUUAUCUGGUCUUGUGGCGGGGGGCAGUGGAAAAAUUGCUCUGAAGGCUCUUCCCAGUGGUCAGUUACUUCUUUCGCAACCUCUAGAAGGUAAAUUAACUGCUUUAGUAAAAUCAGAUCAAAGGCAAGAUUUAUCUGUAGAUGAUGGUAAGAUGAAUCUUGUACAACUAAAAUCUGAUAACUUUCAGCAGUUGGAACUUAGCAAAUUACUUCAGUUAAAUUCCAAGUCAUCACAGCAUCAACUGGCUGUCACUACGUCCACACUAUCGGUUGCCAUCCCUACAAGUUCACUGAAUUCCCUCAAGGGGGCUCAGAAAUCUUCAUCAGUGUUAGCACGGGCACUCAAGAACCAGCUUUCGACAAGUCAGACGGGCAUCACAACUAUGCUAGGGUCCACUGAUAGUCAGGCAGAUGACAGUGUUUUGGGUGGCCAGGGUGUAAUUUUAGGAGUAACCAUGGAAGAGGGCACUCUUAUUGAUAAUGGGGAUGGGACACUUUCAGAACUAGCUGUGAUUGAGUAGAUAAUUAACAAGUUGUAUGUAUAAGGAUUGUUACCUUAGAUUAUUCAAAUCUGGAAAAAAAGGGGGAAAGUUAUAGAACUGGUAACAACAUCAUACUUGCAUAGUGUCACUUUUUCAGGUUCUUUGAGUAAUAUUCUUUUGUUUUCAAUUUUCUUUUUAAAGUAAUAAAAGUGAAUAGUUUGAAAGUAGGAAGUAGUAGUUACAUUGAUUUUGUUUGUAUAACUUGUGUUACUUAAUUCUAGUGGAACUAAUGAAAUUUUAAAGGAAUUUGCAUACCCAUCAUGAGAAUAUUGAAGUUCAGAUUUGAAUAAUGUUAAGGGAAAUCCCAGUCAGUAUAUUUUUUACUCUGUAUUAAUAGUAGUGUUAGGGAAAGAAACCCAACACUGAUGUAGGUUUCAUGUUAUUUACAGGUGGAUGCUAUUUGUAUAGUGAUGGCUAACUUUGUCAAAAAAAAGAGGAAAUUAUUAUCCUUGAAGAGAAAAAAGUAGAUUUCAUGUAGGCUUGUUUAAUUGGUUAAGUUGUAUUAGUUCUUCUUUCUAGUCCCACAUAGCUAUAAAAUUACAGACCUGUACUGCAAUAUGUUCUGAAUAAUUAUUAGCUUCCACAUUGUAAAAAGAAAAAAAA